AUCAAAAGGACAUAUGAAGUACUGCUCGUAUAGGCCAGAAUCUGUUGCACAUAGCAGUUUUAACCUUGAAGUUUUUUUGAAGUUCUAUUCGCUAUCAUGUGAGCCAAAGUACUGUGAAGAAGUAAGAAAGCUACUUGGGAAGCAUGUAUUGAAAGGUAAUCAAAUCAAAAGCAUUCAAGUAGAAGACGGAGGGAGAAAAAGAAAACUAUUGCUCCGAUAUUUAACGGAACUUCCUGUUGAAGAAGUUCUAGAAGAUUUUGAGCACGUGAGUCCCGAAUUUAUCAAUAGGGAGAAAGAACUUCGAGAAUAUUUAUAUCGAACAAUAUCAGAGGACACGACUUACAAUUCAAAUACGUCACAAUACUUGAAGCAGCUCCUAAGGAGCGCCGAACUUGAAAGCCUUGAAAUUUCAUAUGAUAUUCGCAACUGGCCCUUGAACAAAAUUCUAAGGCGACUACUCCCCGAGAUAGUUUCGUGGCCUUCUUCCUUUGAGACAGUCGGACGUAUUAUUCACUUGAAUCUUCGUGAGGAACUUUUGCCUUAUCGUCAUCUCAUAGGAAACAUUCUGUUGAUGAAACACUAUCCACGAAUAAAGACUGUAGUGAAUAAAGUUGGAGAGACAUCAGGUCCGUUUAGGACUUUUGAUAUGGAAAUAUUGAGUGGCGAGUCGAACUUGAUCACAGAGGUAAAAGAAAAUGGUUGUGUUUACGAGUUAGAUUACGAAAGAGUAUAUUGGAAUUCUAAGCUAGAAGCAGAAAGACGUCGCGUGAUUGAAACUUUUUCAUCUUGUGAUAUUAUAGCUGAUGCAUUUGCUGGGGUUGGACCUUUUGUUAUUCCAGCAGCAAAACACAAAGGUUGUGUUGCCUUCGGAAAUGACUUGAACCCCAUAUCAACUGAAUUUUUAUCAAAGAAUAUUCGAAGAAAUGGUGUAUCACAUUUGGUUAGAGCCUCUUGCCUCGACGCUUGUACUUUUGUUAAGCAGCUUAUCGAAGAAGAAGUAUAUUUUACUAAGCUUAUUAUGAAUUAUCCUUCGAAGUCAACUGAAUUUUUGCACGUUUUGAAGGGAUUGUACAAAGGUAGAGAGGAUAGACCGCUUCCUAUUGUAUAUUGUUAUAUUUUCGGUCGAGGACCGGAUCCUUUCAAAGAUGCACUUUCCGCUGUCUUUGAAGGACUUACUUGUAAGAGACGUCGCUCCUGAAAAAUUUCAUAUGUUGGUACAAUUUG